UGACGUUCGUUAUGUUGCCGACCUGAAAUGAUGUGACUUGCACAGGCGUAGACUUGCCUUCCUUCAUUCCUUGUUUAGAAAGAUGGAAGACAACAAGCUCUACGAGAUUCUUGGUGUGAGUCGGACCGCAUCUGACAACGAAAUCAAAAAGAACUACCGUAAACUAGCGAAGGAAUUCCAUCCGGACAAGAACCCCGAGGCGGGCGACAAAUUCAAAGAGAUCAGCUAUGCGUACGAGGUGCUGUCGGACCCGAAGAAACGGGAAAUCUACGACCGAUACGGGUUGCAGGGUAUGCAGGGUGGCGGCGGACCCGACCGUUUCGACGGCGACGAUCUACUUUCACACAUAUUCGGAUUCGGCGGCCUCGGCGGCUUCGGCGGCGGCAUGAGACGCAGACAGAAGGGUGAAGACACUGUUCACCCAUUGAAAGUCACCCUGGAAGACAUGUACAACGGCAAAACGUCCAAGCUGCAAUUGAGUAAAAACGUAAUUUGCGCCACCUGCAAGGGUAAGGGCAGCAAGAGCGGGAACGUGGAGAAAUGCACAACUUGCAAGGGUUGCGGCACCAAAGUCACCUACAGACACAUUGCUCCGGGCAUGACCCAGCAGCUGCAGUCCAGAUGUACGGACUGCGCGGGUGAGGGCGAGAUCAUUAAGGAGAAAGACCGUUGCGGCACCUGUAAGGGCAAGAAAGUCUGCAACGAGACCAAGAUCCUGGAAGUACACGUCGACAAAGGUAUGCAUGAAAACCAGAAGAUAUAUUUCAGAGGGGAGGGAGAUCAACAACCGGACGUGGAGCCAGGCGAUGUGGUCAUCGUUCUCCUGCAGAAGCCCCACGAAAAAUUCCAAAGACACGGCGACGACUUGCACGUCCGUCAGACCAUCAGCCUUACCGAAGCUCUCUGCGGUUUUCAGUUCGUCCUCCGUCAGCUCGACGGUCGGGAUCUGCUGAUCAAACAUCCCGCUGGCGACGUCAUCAAACCGGGAGAUGUCAAGGCUGUGGUAGGCGAAGGUAUGCCCAUCCACAAGAAUCCAUUCGAAAAGGGAAAUUUGUACGUGAACUUCGAGAUCCAGUUCCCUGAAAACCACUUCACCACAGAGACCAACUUGAAAGCUCUGGAGGCCUUGCUUCCGCCCAGGCCUAGCUUGACCAUACCUGACAAGGAUCAGGUUGAGGAGGUGGACUUGAGCGAAUACGACCCGAACGAGAAAGCGUCCAGGUCAGGCGGAAGGGGUGAGGCCUACGCAAGCGACGACGAAGAUCAUGGACACGGCGGUCCGGGUUUACAGUGCGCACACCAAUAGGUUAAUUCGUUUAGUUCAUUGCAACAAACUGUUGAUCUGUGCUUCUUUCUAAAUAAGGAUACUAUAAUAAUUGUAGAAAAAUGAGUUUAAUAAAUUACUAGUAUAUUUAUUUCAUUACUUAAACUACUUAUAUAACUGAUGUAUGUUCCGUACCUAAAUGUAUGUCAAAGUAAAACGGAUUUUAUUCACCAAGCUAGUUUUAUUUUGUUUUACAAUAUUUUACAAUUAAAACUCAUGUUUCUACAUUACUUUUUUUUUAUUUAUUAUAAUUAGAAACAAGCAGCCAAAGAACAAUGAAAUUGUACUGUGGACAAUUUGAUGUUUUUUGAUUGUCGAGUAGUGCCGUAAACACUGCGGAUAUUCACAUUUCUGUAUAGCUAAUUUACCUAACCAACUAUAUACAAUUUUUUUUAUUAUGUUCAAUCGUCACACGAGAGGCUUUACAAAUUUUUAAACCUGUGGAAGUAACAGCCAAUUGCAACAUAUUUUUUUUUUACACAAAUUAUAAAACGAAAACGGUAACUGUGGGAGGAUGUUUAGUUGUCUAAAUACGAAGUGUUUUGUAUUUGUUAUAUUGCGGACUGUUUUUCGUUCGUAAUGUUAAUAAAUUGACAUCUUCAA